AAUUAAGCUGUGAAGAAAUCGUCUAACUCAUAAUAUUUGUCUGAUUCAUCAUGUAUGCGUGUCUCAUACCUGCGGUGGCGAUUAUAGUCAGAUGUCAGUACGAGCCUGGCGUCUGUACAGCAGGAGAUUGUGGAUGUUCACAACGCCUUUAGAAGAGCCGUGGAGCCGACGGCCAGCGACAUGCUGAAAAUGAGCUGGAGUGACACAGCAGCUCAGUCGGCCGAGGGCUGGAUCAGUCAGUGUAACAUGACACACGGACCCCCGAGCUCCCGCACGAUUGAUGGAUAUGAAUUGGGUGAAAAUCUCUUCAAGUCCUCUGCGGUUUAUCAGUGGAGCGAUGUGGUGUCUGCUUGGCACAGCGAAGUCAAGAAUUAUGAAUAUCCUGUUGGAUCCACCAACGGCGAAUCGAUCGGACAUUACACACAGGUGGUGUGGUACAGCUCAUAUGAGGUCGGCUGUGCCGUGGCUCAGUGCGGAAGCUAUUACUUCUACGGAUGCCAUUUUUUCCGCGCAGGAAAUUUUAAAGGAGUACCACCAUACUCACUGGGAGCCCCGUGUGCCGCCUGCCCCAACAACUGCGAAGACAACCUCUGCACUAAUCCUUGUCCGUAUAUCAACCAAUUCAUCAAUUGUGACGCAUUGAAAGAAGAGGCCACUUGUGACAACUACUAUGUGAAUAAAUGGUGUCCUGCUAGCUGCCAGUGUGAAAAUGAAAUCAUCCCUAUUGCACGUAAAUAAAUUCUUUAGGUCUUCCAUUAAGGGCUGCCAAAUCUGAUCAUUUGCCUUUAGCGUUUCUGUCUUACUGUGAAAUUUGCUUAUUCUUGAAUCAUUUUUUGUGACAAUUCAGGACAUAAAUCUUGUAAUUUUUCUAUGUGAAUGACCUCAGAUAUGACUGGAUUUCUAAUAUAAAUAAUAAACAAGAAUAUAGAGAUUUUACAGCACUGUACAAUGGUAUUGUUUUGGAAAAUGAUAUUACCUCAUCC